UUUUGCUUCAAGUAUGUGAAAGAAAGGGAUAGAUAAAGUUUUUCGAAGGUAUCUCGCUUAGGUUGUGACAUAUGUCGCUGACGUCACUGUCAACAAAACAGCUGAUUGCCUUUGUUCAUUAUUGUUCUUUCUUAUUAAACAAAUUAAUAAUUAUUUUGACUAUUGUUGCUUCAAAUUUAAUAUUUUUCCAAGCAAUAUGAGUGUGGACCUCACAGAAUCGAGUAUAGCCCAAUGGUGUCCUGACCGCGAACGGCACAGGUGCGGUUAUUGCAAAAAUCCCGCUGGAAGUAUAUCUUAUGGUAUGUUCACUGAGCAAUUAACAGUGGAAGAUUAUAAAGAUUUAAUUGACCGUGGUUGGAGAAGAUCAGGCAGGUACUGUUACAAACCCACCAUGGAUAAGACUUGCUGUCCACAAUACACAAUCAAGUGUGACGCCACAGAAUUCACCCUUAACAAAUCCCAUAAAAAAAUUAUCAAAAAAUUCAACAAAUUCCUCAAAGAUGGGGUAUUUAAUAAAAACACCCCUCCUAAUUCUCAAGAUAAUGAAGAAGAAACCUCUAGCGAAAUACCUGGAUACAACAAGCAUAGUGCAAUAAACUUAAGCAAAUCUAUUACCAUCACACAAAAUAGUGACUGUAAAAUGAUCACAAAAGACACACCAAGAGAAUCCUUAAUCCUUCAAUCACAACCUGGCAAUAGCAGUGAAAAUAUUCAAGACGUCCCUAAUAGUGUAUUGAAGUCAGUUCAAAAAUCCUCAAAAGAUAGUCUUGGACCUGAUCCUAACAAGCCGCCUUGCAAAAAAGCUAAACUGAUACGCUUAGAAAGAAAAAAGGAAAAACUAAUGCAAAAAGGACAAACAUUGGAACCCACAUCACAUUCAAACAACCAAAAAUCGCUGAGUCAAUUUUUAGAGGAAAUUCCUGCCAACUCGAAACACAAACUUAAACUUAAAUUAAUCCUUACAAGUACUUCCAGUGCAGAGUGGGAACAAGUAAAGGACAUAGAGUUCAACUUGUACUCAAAAUAUCAAACAAUUGUACACAAUAAUAGUCCUGGAAGCGUGACAAUGAGUGGUUUUACAAGAUUUUUAGUUACCUCACCGUUAAAGUCUAAACCAUUUCCAAAUGGCAUAGAAGGACCUGGCUAUGGGUCAUUUCACCAACAAUACUGGCUAGAUGACAAACUUAUUGCAGUAGGAGUGAUUGAUAUAUUGCCAGGUUGUGUCAGCUCUGUAUAUUUUUUUUAUGAUCCUGAUUAUAGAGAUUUAAGUCUUGGAACUUAUGGAUCUCUAAGGGAGAUUCAGCUUGUACAAAACCUCGCCAAGAAAAUCCCGGAUUUAAAAUACUACUACAUGGGAUUUUAUAUUCAUUCUUGUCCUAAAAUGCGCUAUAAAGGAAAUCUGAAUCCUUCCUAUCUUGCUUGUCCUGAGACUUAUGUUUGGGUUCCUAUAAGCAAAUGUCUGGAAAAGUUGGAUGCCAGUAAAUAUUCACGGUUGAAUGAGGACAUUGACGCAAUCGACACAAAUGCUUGUAACGACCCAAAGGAAAUCGACUCUAUUAAGGUGGUUUAUGAUUAUAAGUUGAUGCAUGUUAGAGAUUUUUUGAGAAUUUCAAAAGGGGGCAGGGAAAUGUUUGAGAAUAUUGCCAAUUUGGUUGGGAAAAAAUCUUCACAUAGUAUUAUAUUUUGGAUUGAUUGAUUUUUUUAUAAGUUAUGAGAGUGCUGGAGUUUUAUUUUUUAAGGAUUGUUUCUUUUUUUUUUUUUAAAUGAUGUUUUUCUUUUCAAUAAAGUUUUGUGUAAUAUUUUUGAGGCGAUUAUUUAAUUUGAAAAUCCGAAAUGGUUCUUAAGAAAGUCAAAAAAGAAAUUCAACAAUAAUAUCUGUUCUUCAAAGUUGCAAGAAGCGAGAAGUAAGUAAACCCAAUAUAUAGGGUAUAUCAUUUGAGAGGAAACAGGCUAAAUAUCUGAUGUCACUUUUAUUUUUCAAAAAAUCGCUCGUACACGUAAUUUGAUUGUGUGAGUGUUUGAAACAUUUUUAGCACUAACUUAACCCUCAAGGAUUGGGACCAACACUUAAAUGAAACAGAGGCUCGAGUGAUACCUGUUUUAAAGGAGCGUUCAAUUUUCUUUCAAAUGAAAGAGAAUUGAACGCUCUUUUAAAAGAGGUAUCAUUCAACCCCUUCUUCCAUUUGAAAUAGUAAGGGUUGGUCCCACCCCGCCUAGAGAGUUAAAGUUGAAGUGAGUUGCAGAAAACUUCCCCCUCGACUUCCCCCUUUGAAAAUCAAAUUAGGUGUAGGAGCGUUUUUUUUUUUUUAAUAAAUGUGGCAUCAGAUAUUCAACCUGUUUCGUUUUAAAUGGUACACCCUGUAUUUUGUUUAUGAGAAACUGGAAGUUACAUGAAAAUACAUGAAAAUAAAACAAUAUUUGUAAACUGUUAUAUUUAAAAAUACGGGUUGGAUUAGUCAUUAAAAUAAAAAGUAAAAUAACUUAGGGAGGUACACAAGAUACUUAAAAAAUACAAAAAAUAAUAUAAACUUGGUUAAAAAAUCUUAAGCGAAUAAUAAAGAUAAUUCAUUUUUCUGGUAAAAAUACUAAGGCCUGGUUUAUUCAUCUUCAGGAACACUUGCUGGUAACUAUCCGCAAGAUACAUUCUAUAAUUCUGUUGGUCAGCGGAUAACAGGCUGCGUUAGCAGAUUGCAUAGGUACCUGACAGUUUAUCAGAAGGUGAAUAAAUCGGCCCUAAAAAAUAAUAAUUUGUUUAUUUAAGUCAACUUUUAUUUUUCUAUCACAGUUAAAAGUGAUAUUUCAUUCCGUUAAAUCGUGUAUUGUGGCCAGAUGGCGAAAGACAAUUACAAAUUAGGCUCAAAAAGUCAAAAAGUCUUAAAUUUAAUCUACUUGAUAUGGAUAUGAUCUUAUUACUUACUUAAAAAUACUAGAAAAAUUUACAAUUUACUUAAAAUUAAUGUUACAUGAUGUGUCAAGAAGAAAAUCCAGUAAAUAAAUUUACAGAUCUAUGAAAUUAGAGAUUCAAAAAUUUAUUUUUAAUUGAGCAUCAGUCCGAAAAAAAAAUUAACUAAAUAAAUUACUACCGCAGUAUUCUAAUUGUUGUAUUGCUUCAUAAUAAACAAAAAAAGGCACUGUACAAAUUAUUAAAAAAUACUUCGUUGUCUCUUAAGAAAGGCCUACAAAAUAAACACGGUUUUUUCUCUAUUCCUGCUUGGAUAAUUUAUGUUAUCCCGACUUCAGUAGUUAUAGGGCCCAUACGCUGCCGAUCCUGUGGUAUAAUAAGGACCCGAAUACUGUUGAGGAGGCACCGGAUAUCCUGCAUAAGCGUAUUGCUGUUUUUGUGGAUAA